CAGAGGGGUCUGCACCCUGGCGUUUCGAGAACCCCAGACUCGUGAGCUCAGGGCUGGGAAUCGGGAGGUCUGGGUGCCCCCUGGGCCUCGCUGUGUGACCUUGGGCGAGUAGCUACCCCUCUCUGGGCCUCAGCCACCUUCAUCAAUUGUGUGUCGAGGUGAUUCUGUUCCCGCCCUCCUCAGGGCUGAGGGUGCCCGCGCCCAGUAACAUGAAGCUUGCUGGCGUUUCAUGGGGGACCCCAGACCCAGAGUGGGCUGGACUGGGAUGCACUAGUGUAACUGGAGGCAGGAAGGGGGCCCAGAGGCCACCAUUGCUUGGAAUGGGCUUUUGCUGUUCUCAGCAUCCUCGGCCCUGGAAUACUCCACCUAUAACGGCCCCUGCAAACUGGAGACCCCAAGGUGUCAGCUUGGUGCCCUCCCUUCCAGAAAGCCAGGGGUGGGGGUGGGGGCGCGGCCAUCAGAGCUUUGUGAGGGGCAGCCCCUGCAGGGAUGGGUGCCUGUCGCAGGUUCCUGAGGAGGGAAUAGCUGCUCCUGCCUUCUUCCCUUCUUUCUCUUCGUUCCCCUUCAGCAGAAGAGCAGUUGCUUUUUACCAGUAAAUUCGUUUUUCUCUUUCUUUCCAGGAGGCAGUUUGGUGGCCCAGACAAGGGCCUCCCAGUGUAGAGUGAAGGGCUCCUUCCCAGGGCUGCCUUGUGUAGAAGUUCAGUUAAAAAAAAUACAGAGAGAAAUGCUGCUACCCAGGGACCUGAGGGGCCAGAGAUGGGGUCACUUACUAAUGUGGCAGUGGUGGGGGCAGCCUGGUACCCCCCAGCAGCUCUGGCUCCCCCAGGGGAGUCAAAGGAGGGAGGCUGGGUAUGAGGGUCCGAGAGGAGAGGGAGUGAGCUCCUCAACUCUUAGGUGCUGAGCAGGGGCUGGGAGGGGCGGCUCUGCCCAGGGUAGGGAGAGGUGGAGGGAGACCUUCUUGAAGGCCUCUCUCCAGCUCCUAGAAGAUUCUGUGAGCUUUUGACACGAGGGCUAACCAGGAACAGAUUUUUUGUUUUGUUUUUGCUUUUUCUUCUUCUUUGGUUGUUUAAAUCAUUUCUAGAAUGGCUAAAGCUUCACCCCGUCCAGUCGAGCGACCUCUGCAGGGACUUUUUGGCUGACGUGUAAGAUCUUCUGGGUUACGGAUAUGCAAGACCAGGCCUGGGCAGAGGAGAGGGCAGUGACUGGACCAAAGCCGGCGCCAUGGACAAGAUCUUGGAGGCGGUGGUGACGUCGUCGUACCCGGCCAGCGUGAAGCAAGGGCUGGUGCGGCGCGUGCUGGAGGCGGCGCGGCAGCCGCUGGAGCGGGAGCAGUGCCUGGCGCUGCUGGCGCUGGGCGCGCGGCUCUACGUGGGCGGCGCCGACGAGCUGCCGCGCCGCGUGGGCUGCCAGCUGCUGCACGUGGCGGGCCGCCACCACCCCGACGUCUUCGCCGAGUUCUUCAGCGCGCGCCGCGUGCUGCGCCUGCUGCAGGGUGGCGCGGGGCCCCCGGGCGCGCGCGCGCUCGCCUGCGUGCAGCUGGGCCUGCAGCUGCUGCCCGAGGGCUCGGCGGCCGAGGAGGUGUUCGCGCUGCUGCGGCGCGAGGUGCUGCGCACCGUGUGCGAGCGCCCGGGGCCCGCCGCCUGCGCGCAGGUGGCACGGCUGCUGGCGCGGCACCCGCGCUGUGUGCCCGACGGCCCGCACCGCCUGCUCUUCUGCCAGCAGCUGGUGCGCUGCCUGGGUCGCUUCCGCUGCCCGGCCGAGGGCGAGGAGGGCGCCGUGGAGUUCCUGGAGCAGGCCCAGCAGGUGAGCGGGCUCCUGGCGCAGCUGUGGCGCACGCAGCCCGCCGCCAUCCUGCCCUGCCUCAAGGAGCUGUUUGCAGUCAUCUCGUGCACAGAGGAGGAGCCGCCGUCUAGCGCCCUAGCCAGUGUGGUCCAGCACCUCCCAUUGGAACUCAUGGACGGUGUCGUCAGGAACCUCAGCAAUGAUGACAGUGUGACGGAUGCCCAGAUGCUGACUGCCAUCAGCAGGAUGAUCGACUGGGUUUCCUGGCCCCUUGGGAAGAACAUUGACAAGUGGAUCAUCGCACUGCUGAAGGGCCUGGCUGCCGUUAAGAAGUUCAGCAUCUUGAUCGAGGUUUCGCUUGCCAAAAUUGAGAAGGUUUUCUCCAAGCUGCUGUACCCCAUUGUCCGGGGAGCUGCCUUGUCUGUCCUCAAGUACAUGCUGCUGACUUUCCAGCACUCCCACGAGGCCUUCCACCUGCUCCUCCCUCACAUCCCCCCCAUGGUGGCCUCUCUGCUCAAGGAGGACUCGAACUCGGGGACGAGCUGCCUGGAGCAGCUGGCAGAGCUGGUCCAUUGCAUGGUGUUCCGGUUCCCAGGCUUCCCGGAUCUGUACGAGCCUGUCAUGGAGGCCAUCAAGGACCUCCAUGUUCCCAAUGAGGACCGCAUCAAGCAGCUGCUGGGGCAGGACGCCUGGACCUCACAGAAGAGCGAGCUGGCUGGCUUCUACCCCCGGCUCAUGGCCAAGUCGGACACGGGCAAGAUUGGUUUAAUCAAUCUGGGAAACACGUGCUACGUGAACAGCAUCCUUCAGGCCUUGUUCAUGGCUUCUGACUUCAGACACUGCGUCCUCCGUUUGACUGAGAACAACUCACAGCCUUUGAUGACCAAGCUGCAGUGGCUCUUUGCCUUCCUGGAGCACAGCCAGCGGCCUGCCAUUUCCCCAGAAAACUUCCUCUCUGCAUCCUGGACACCCUGGUUUAGCCCUGGCACCCAGCAGGACUGCUCAGAGUACCUGAAAUACCUGCUGGACAGGCUGCACGAAGAGGAGAAAACUGGGACAAGGAUCUGCCAAAAGCUCAAACAAUCCAGCUCGCCCUCCCCGCCUGAGGAGCCCCCUAGUCCAAGUUCGACCUCUGUGGAGAAAAUGUUUGGAGGCAAGAUCGUGACUCGGAUCUGCUGUCUCUGCUGCCUCAACGUCUCCUCCCGGGAGGAGGCCUUCACGGACCUCUCUCUCGCCUUUCCUCCUCCGGAGCGCUGCCGCCGCCGCCGCCUGGGCUCUGUGAUGCUCCCUGCGGAGGACGUCAGAGCCCAGGAGCUCCCGCCGCCCGCCCGAGCCCAGGUCCCAAGCCCGAGGGGGGCGCCUCGGAGGCAGAGGAAACACUGUAUCACAGGGGACGCCCCCCCCACCGGCCUGGACGUCGAAGGCCUGGACUCCCAGGGAGCUGGGGAGCAGGACGGCCAGGAGGAGAAGGUGGAGAGGGAGGAGGAAAGGAAGGAGAAGAGAACAGAGAAGGAAGAAGUGGAAAAGGAAGAGGAGGAGGAGGAAGAAAGGACCGUAGUAGAGGAAGAGGAGAAAGAAAAAGUGGAGGAAAAGGAGAAGGAGGGCGAGAAGGAGAACGAGGCCGAGAAGGACGAGGACAGGCUGGGCCCGGGGGCCUCCAGGGAUGCUGUCAUCCCCUGUGGGGAACAGACGUGUGGCCCCGAGGGCUCCCGCUCCGUCCUGGACCUGGUCAACUACUUCCUGUCCCCCGAGCGGCUGACGGCAGAGAACCGCUACUACUGCGAGUCCUGCGCCUCCCUGCAGGACGCGGAGAAGGUGGUGGAGCUGAGCCAGGGGCCGCGCUACCUCAUCCUCACGCUGCUGCGCUUCUCCUUCGACCUGCGCACCAUGCGGCGCCGCAAGAUCCUGGACGACGUGGCCAUCCCCCUGCUGCUCCGCCUGCCGCUGGCUGGCGGCCGGGGCCAGGCCUAUGACCUGUGCAGCGUCGUGGUGCACUCCGGCGUGUCCUCGGAGAGCGGCCACUACUACUGCUACGCCCGCGAGGGCGCUGCCCGCCCGCCCCCUGCUCUGGGGACUGCCGACAGGCCAGAGCCUGAGAACCAGUGGUACCUGUUCAAUGACACGCGAGUGUCCUUCUCCUCCUUUGAGUCUGUCAGCAACGUCACCUCCUUCUUCCCCAAGGACACAGCCUAUGUGCUCUUCUACCGGCAGCGGCCCGGGGAAGGGCCUGAGGCCGAGUUGGGCUCCCCCAGGGUCCGGGCAGAGCCCACCCUGCACAAGGACCUGAUGGAAGCCAUUUCCAAAGACAACAUCCUUUACCUGCAGGAGCAGGAGAAGGAGGCACGGAGCAGGGCGGCCUACAUCUCUGCACUCCCCGCAUCUCCGCACUGGGGGAGAGGCUUUGAUGAAGACAAGGAUGAGGAUGAAGGCUCUCCAGGGGGUUGCAACCCUGCAGGUGGCAAUGGUGGUGACUUCCACAGACUGGUCUUCUAAUGUGAACUCACCUCUGGGGGCCCCAUAGCCAACCUCGGGAAGCAGUGACCCCUUCUUUCUGGGAGCCAGGUGGGGUCAGAGGGAGGCAGGCCCAGUCUUGAAAUAGGCUCUUCCAAGGGCGGAGGAGGGAGAGCUUCUGGGACACCAGACCUCAGCCUGGAGGGUACACAGACUCUCAGACGUGGAGGUAAGACUCAGGCCCUUGAUGCUGGGAUCAGUCCCAUUAAGGUUUUACACCCAAGUGUCCUGAUUAACUUGAAGCAACUUAGGUGGGCACACUCUGGGCUUUGCCUCCAGCCCCUCCCCUGCAGGCUCCCUGUACGGGAGCAUCUGGUUAUGUUCAGGAAAUAGGGCUGAACCUCAGCUCUGAUGUUUUGCCAUCAAGUAGCACUUCCCUUCCAGCUCUGCUCAGACAAGUCCUGCUCUAUAGUAUGAAAAGCACAGCAGGAUCUGAGUCCUUGCACAAAAAAGGGGGCUGUGUGUCACCUGGGCCAUCCUCUGGUUUCUCCACGGGGGUUCCCACAGUUUGUACUACUUUGAGAGGAGAAGGGGAAAGCAGCAUGGCACGGAUCAGAGGCCCAACGUUUCAUCUGGUCUGACCCCUCCUUUACCUGUCUCCCGCCCCUGUAGCAAGAAGGACGCAUCAAGGGGAGGCAGCCCCCCUCGAGGUGGGAGCCCCUUUACCUCCAUCCCCUCUGCCCCCUAGCCUGCCUCAGUGCCUGAGAUGCCACCAUUAGCAUCCCCCUUCUGGUUGAGUCCUUACUUCACUGCAGAGGCUGAAGCCGUCUCCUUCUGAGGAAGCGGGCGGGCGGGGCUCUGAGCAGUUGGCCGUUACAGCCGUGAGAGUGGCUGCCUGAGGGCGUCUGGUGAAGCGCAGAUGUUGGCCUCCUUGUGCCCUGACACUGCUGUAAGUCCCCUCUAAGUGAAGCAGAGACCUGUUUCUCCAACGAAUAAAACUAGGUUCUCUGAAGCCUUUUAAA